AUGGACGAACAUUACAGAUUAUUAGUCGGAAGAGCAAGUAGGGAGAACGCGGGCGGCGACAUGCAAUCUCCUGAUCCUAUCUCAGAUACUAUUAAAGUGGACAAAGUUUUCAUAGAAAAUGAUCAUGUGAGGAAACAGUCGUGGUUUACAACAAUCAAAUUACAGUUUAUUCACUAUUUAUCUCUAGGUUUUAUAGGGAUUUUAACUUGGGGUCUAUUAUGGUGUGCCUUCGACGACGAUUGGGGAUGGGACGGCAAGUGGUUCCGGCUGGGCACUGUCGCGACGGUGGCGUGGGCGAGCGGCCUCGUCCUGCAGGAGCUCACCACGCUACCGCCGCUCCUCGCCGCGCUCCUCACCGGCAUCUUCGCCCGGCACUUCGGCUUUCUCGACAUGCGAGAUUAUUCUCAAAUUGACGCAUUUUUACGAAAAAUAUAUCCAGUAAUAAUUCUGGGCAAGGGGUCUUUAGCUUGGGAUAUGGACUACAUGAAAAAGAACUGGAAGCAAGUUGUGUCUCUGGGCACUCUGCCAUGGUCGGCUGAGGUGGUCGUUAUGGCACUGUGUUCUCACUACUUCUUAGGAUUCCCUUGGUUAUGGGGAUUCCUGCUGGGAUCAGUGUACUCGUCAGUAUCUUGUCCGGUUAUUAUGCCGUUGAUACAACGGCAUGGCACCAAGCCGGACAAGAGUCAGAACUGGCCUCAGCUGAUCUGUACAGCCGGCGGGACUGACACUGCCCUUAGCGUCGGAGUCUUCGGUCUCAUAUUUAGCUUUAUGUUCUCCAACGCCAGCGACCUCUAUCGAUACAUAAAGGCGGGUCUGGCGCUGUUAGCGGGUGCGGCGCUCGGCGGCGGCUGGGGCAUGCUGGCACGGCUCGUGCCUCACGCCCGGGAUGCAUACGUCACGGAGCUCAGAAUACUGUUCGUGCUCGUCGGUGGAUUGUUCGCCAACUUUUUCACGUCCGCACUAGGCUGGGGAGGCACGGGCGGCAUAGCAGUGCUGGCUUGCAACGCGACAGCUGCACGGCAGUGGGCGCGGAAGGGAUGGAAAUUGAAUCAGAACCCGGCAGCCACGGCAUACCGAGUCCUCUGGUCUGCUUGCGAACCUGUUCUCUUCGCCUACACUGGUACAUUCUUUGUGAUACACGGUUCGAUGACGGACACAAUGUUACUGGGCCUGGGAAUUCUCCUCAUAACUCUAACGACACGAUUGCUCACUGCUGCUAUUGUAUGUUGGAACCUUUCCAUAAAGGAAAAACUUUUUAUAUGCUGUGCCUGGAUACCUAAAUCUAUAGUCGAGGCAGUUCUCUGUCCAUUGGCAAUCGAUACAUUGAUAAUGAAGAACUCGGACGACGACCACCAAAUGAAGUACGCCGAAGAUCUGAUGAGGCUCGUUGUUCAGGCUAUACUGAUCACAACUCCGAUCGGCUAUCUACUUACGAAUCAUUUGGGACCAGUAUUAUUAAAGUCAAAAUCAAAAAACGAUAAAGAUUUGGAAUCUCAAAUGCAAGCAUCAAGAUCAUCAUCUUUUAACGAAGAUAUAAAAUUAUAA